AAAAAAAAAAAAAAACAAUGAUUGUCAUGUUGAUGGUUCCUUGAGACCGCAAAUUCAAAUGUUAGUACUGCUACUGGAGAGAAAGUUUGGAACAUAGAUCAAGAAGGUAGAUCUUGACAUUCCAAUUGCCCCCCACCUUUCUCUUGCUCGCCAGAGAUAUUCAGAUGAGUGUGAAGCUGCAACCAAUGAGCAAAUCAAUGUUGAAUACAACGUUUCCUAUGUGUACCACUCUCUGUAUGCUUACUUUGAUAGAGACAAUAUUGCUCUGAAAGGCUUAGCCAAAUUUUUCAAGGAGUCUAGUGAAGAAGAAAGAGAACAUGCAGAGAAGCUGAUGGAAUAUCAGAACAUACGCGGUGGAAGGGUCAAACUGCACUCAAUUAUCAUGCCUCCUUCGGAGUUUGAACAUGCUGAAAAGGGAGAUGCAUUGUAUGCAAUGGAAUUAGCAUUGUCCUUGGAGAAAUUGACAAACGAGAAGCUUUUGAGCCUGCACAAUGUAGCAGAACGAAACAAUGAUGCUCAGAUGGCGGAAUUCAUUGAAAGCGAGUUUUUAUCUGAACAGGUGAGAGCUCACGGCUUAGCAUUUAGUAAAAGAAUUAUUCCAAGCAUCAAACAGGAUCUGUUUGAAUGGUGAUUUAGGGACAACAAGUGCGUAUUUUAUUUUUUGAAUGGAACAUCAUGGUUUUUGGUGCCUUAUGCCACACAUCAAGAGAAAUUCACACCUGUAUUUGCCCAUAUUGAUUAUUGUGUUAAACCCAUAAACAAAUAAUUCUGUCAAAACUGACAGCAAUACCAGGUUCUAGGGAAAACAGAAACAAUUUUGCCUUUGCUCGAGUUUUUACAACAUCGUUUUCUACAGGUUGAAGCUAUUAAGAAAAUAUCAGAAUAUGUUGCUCAACUGAGGAUGGUUGGAAAAGGCCAUGGUAUGAAUCAAACCCUUAAUUGUCAACUGGUCAAUGUCAUCUAUUCUUUGAUUGGCUGCUUACUGGCAUCCAAUUUCUGCCAUCAUCUGUGUUCAUUUAUGGGGACUAAGAGCAAACUGUGGUGCUUGCAGGAGUGUGGCACUUUGAUCAAAUGCUCCUCCAUAACGGUGAUGCUGCAUAACGAAGAUUUCAGAGGCUGCAUCAUUGGGAUUCUAGUUUCCCCAUUGCUAAUUUGUAUUUUAUGCUCUAGAAUAUAUUGAGAUAAUAAAUUACUUGUGUUUACUGUAGACAUAUGGGUGGUCAGUUCUUUCUUCUGUUAGAGAAAACUUCCUUUGAAAUUUUAUCCUUGACAAGAUUUGAGAAGGCCUGAGAGUACAAGGUGAACAUCCUGGAUGAUUUACAAUGUUCUCUUUUGGAUCUUAUAUCAUGAUUCACAUGUGAAACCUUGUCAUGGGGUGAUUGUACAAAUUAUUAAGCCUAUUUAAUAAAACUUAUUUUGAUUCCAGUUUUUACAAGAAUUCCCCAGAUCCUCUCUGUUUCUCUUACUUACAAUGUCAUUUUGGAUAAGCAUUGGACUCUUCUAUUUUCCCUUCCCAAAUGUUAAGAAAAGACAUGAAACUUU